AUGGAUGAAAGUGGGCACCGUGAAAACGGUCGGCAAAAGCCGCCACAGGGUCAAUGGUUAAUGCAACAUCAGCCAUCAAUGAAGCAAAUAAUGACAAUCAUGGCGGAACGCGAUGCCGCCAUCCAAGAACGGAAUCUGGCAAUAUCCGAGAAAAAAGCCGCCCUGGCUGAGCGGGACAUGGCACUCCUCCAACGCGAUUCCGCCAUUGCCGAACGGAAUACCGCCAUCAUGGAACGCGACAACGCCAUUACCACUCUCCAAUACAGAGAAAACUCCAUGAACAACAAUAACAACAAUAAUAAUUCCAAUAAUACCCCCUCGCCAUGCCCGCCCGGAUGCCAAAUCUCACGUUCGGUGAAACACGUCCACCACCCACACGCGUAUCUCCAACACCACGAAAUGGGCGGCGGAAUUGGCGAUUCCAUUCCGACGUCCGCACCGGAACCAAAAUCCCGGCGGGUGAAACGUGUAAAGGAGACAAAACCGCCGGCGAAGAAGACAUCAAGAAUGUCCAAAAAGGUGAAAAUGGAAUGCGAUGAUUUAAACAAGGCAAUGUUUGAGGAACCCCAUGAUUGGAAUAAAGGGGGAGAUGAUUCCGGCGGUGGUGGUGGUGGGGUUGAUGAUUUGAACCGUGGGCUGAAGUCGGAAUGGAAAGACCAAGAUCUUGGGCUGAAUCACGUUGCGUUUGAUGAAUCGACGAUGCCGAUUCCGGUGUGCUCGUGUACCGGAGUUUUUAGACCGUGUUACAAAUGGGGGAAUGGUGGAUGGCAGUCUUCUUGUUGCACCACCACCAUGUCUAUGCAUCCACUCCCAUCGCUUCCUAAUAAAAGACAUGCACGUGUUGGUGGUAGGAAAAUGAGUGGAAGUGUUUUCAAUAAGUUAAUAAGUCGACUUGCUGCUGAAGGUCAUGAUUUAUCGAAUCCUGUUGAUUUGAAGGAGCAUUGGGCUAAGCAUGGGACAAAUCGGUACAUUACCAUUAAGUAA